AUGGGAGAACCUUUAAUCGAAAUAGAUCUAAAUACAGAGGUAUCACUUUUUCAUAUAAGUAAUGAGAGUGAAAGACAAGAGCACGAAUCAAUGAGUCUGCCAGAUUUAAAUUUGGUUGCUUUAGAAGUUGUAGAUGAUGUAAAUAUCAAUCUACAUUCUCCAAUUUUAGACCUAAAUGCUACUCCAUCUGUUGAAAAUGAUGUACCAUUGGAUAUGGGACUGCAAACAUCCUUGGAAGAUGAAUUCACUACAGAUGAAAACAUAAAUACUGGGAAUGCUAAUGGAGCAUCGUUACAGUCACGAAACGUAAAACAUUUACACAAUAAUGAACGUAGAGCCGUAUAUAAUUUGCUACAACAGAAAAGUUUUAACGGAAAAUUGCCGAAAGGGGCGACAAAAAUGGUGGCAGCACAAUUCGAUGUUUCGAUACGAACUAUUCAACGCAUUUGGCGGCAAUCAAAUAAUGGUACGUGUGAUGAUGUAUCUCAUAGAAGGACAAAAAAUUGUGGUCGCAAGAGAAUACAAAUAAGCGAUGAUCAAAUCCGAGCGGUCCCUUUACAUAAACGCACAACAUUGCAGUCUUUUGCUCACUCCUUAAACACGUCGAAGAGCACAUUGUUUAGGCGUCUACAAUCAAGAGAAAUACGACGCCAUUCAAAUUCUAUAAAGCCAUUUUUAAAUGAAGAAAAUAAAAUAUCUCGAUUGAAAUUUUGUUUGUCUAUGCUUGAUAGCGCUAGCAUUCAACAUGAUCCAAUUUUCAACGGGAUGUAUAACAUUGUUCAUAUCGACGAGAAGUGGUUCAACAUGACAAAGAAAUCAGAGCAUUACUACUUAUUACCCGACGAAGAAGAUCCGUUGCGCACUUGUAAAAGUAAGAAUUUCAUUGCAAAGGUCAUGUUUUUAGUUGCUGUUGCUCGACCAAGGUUUGAUGAACAAGGAAAUGAGCUUUUCUCUGGAAAAAUUGGUGUAUUCCCGCUUGUUACGCAAGAAGCUGCUAAAAGAACUAGUAUAAAUAGAGUUGCCGGUACACUCGAGACAAAGGCAAUAUCUUCGGUGAAUAAAAACGUUAUAAGGUCAUACUUUAUUGAAAAGGUCAUACCUGCAAUCAAGCAAAAAUGGCCAAGAGGUGAUUCAAGAUGUCCAAUAUUUAUUCAACAAGACAAUGCAAGAACACAUAUCGAUCAUAAUGAUGAGGAGUUUCGUCUAGCUGCAACACGAGAUGGUUUUGAUAUUCGUUUGAUGCGUCAACCUCCAAACUCUCCAGAUUUGAAUGUUCUAGACCUUGGAUUUUUUAGAGCUAUUCAAUCAAUACAAUACAAGGAGUCUCCUAAAACGGUCGAUCAGCUUGUCAAUGCAGUUGUGCAUGCAUUUGAAACUUUUCCGGCAAUCAAGUCCAAUCGUAUAUUUCUUACAUUGCAAUUGUGCAUGAUAGAGAUUAUGCGAGUAAGAGGUUCUCAAAAGUACAAGAUGCCGCAUAUUAAAAAAGCAACGUUAGAAAGAGAGGGGCGGCUUCCUACUCGAAUGAAAUGCGAUCUUGAGUUAGUUCAAGAUGUUCUUAGGUAUAUAGGUUAA